UUUUUUUUUUCUUCUUAUUCUUUUCCACAUUAGAUACACAUUAUGCAAAGACUAUGGCAUCGAUUAAGUAGAGUGCCUAGUCGAUCAACAUGUAUAUACUGUCAUACUAUUUCGAACAAUAGCCUUCUUUUACCCCUAAAGUUCAUAAAGAGGACACCAGCAUUACCAACUCAACGAUUGCUUAGUUGGUUAACAUGGGGAUCAUCGUCAACAGAAAAUAAUGAAAACCAAACGGGCUGUAAAGUGAAUCGCAAUAACAGGGCCAUCAUCAUGGCCGAUUUUUAUCGAUCGCUUUCAACGCAAGACAUUGACCAAAUCUGGCCUCUGUACACGUAUUUGUAUGAUAACGACAUGUUGGUCUAUCUUACAAGGAAAAACUUUCAUGAUAUUUUUGUCUUCACAAUCCGAUCCCAAGCAAGUCAAAAGAAUCUGCAACGGUUGUUGGCGAUUGUGGAAGAUAUGAGACGACGUCGGUUUGUAUUACGAUUAUCAGAGUAUACGGCUAUUAUCAAUUGGACAGGUGGUAAGACAGUUCCUGAGAAACGUACGCAUCAUCUUACAGAAGCUCUGCGAUGGUUUGAUGAAAUGCAACAAGAUUUUUAUGUGGAUGAGCAAACAGGGGAAAAGAUGGCUAAGGAACCCUUGAAACCUUCAGUACCGAUCUUUAACAUCCUUAUACAUAUUGCAACUCAAUUAAAGGAUCUCACGACAGCACAAAAGUUGUAUCAUGAAAUGCGUUCAAUAGGAUUAAAGCCGGAUCGAUAUACGUAUUCGACACUGUUACAUGCGAUGGGUCGUUUAGGGGACAUGGAAGGUAUGAAUCAUCUGUUAACGGAGAUUAAAAAACAUCGAUUAAGACGAGUGAUCAAGUCUACUGCAGUUUGGAAUGUCAUCAUGUCUGGUUAUGCACGAAAUGGAGUGAAGGAUGAAGCGUAUAGUAUAUUUCAUCAAAUGGUGGAAGCUAAUUAUAAAAAGAAGAAGAAGGGGAGGAGGAAAGUGCCUGUGCCUAGAGCAGACAGUGAAAGUUUUCGUAUUUAUAUCGAUUCAUUAGUGAGCGAGGAGAGACAAAGUGAAGCGAUUCGUACAUAUGAUAAAAUGAAAGUCUUAAAGUUAAAGCCUACUAUGGCCAUUUAUAAUAUUUUAUUUCGUUCAUUUAUGAACCCUCUCUCAGCUGAUCAAAGUGUAUUAAAACGAAUAUAUCAAGAGAUGAAAACGAAUCAAGUAAAGCCGAAUUCAGAAACUAUGUAUACCCUCGUAUCUGCUUUUCUUGAUUUAGGUGAUACCAAAUCAGGUUUAGAGGCAUUUGUCGAACUAAGUCAAUUAGAUAAUAAUACAGAGAAAAGUUUAAAUGUGAAAACUACUGCUGUAGCAAGCUUGGCAAAAGAUCGUUUAUGGAUCAAGAAGAAAACAGAGCCGUCAAAAAUUGAACCAACUGCAGAUUUACUGGAUAGACUUAAUCAUCUUUUAGCUAGUAAUAAUAGUAGUAAAUUAUAGAAAACUCUGUAAAUAUAUAAUGUGUAUUAGUAUAAAUUGACGAUAGAAUAAUAAGAAAGAGGGACUGGUGCCAUGAAUUAAAAUUUAUCUUGUAUUUUUUUUUU